AUCGAGUUGCAUUUGAAAGAUUUUUUGUUUCUUUGAAUACAUAAUUCUUAUGAUGUUAAUCCCAUUAACAUACAUAUAUUCUUGAUGUUUCGUUCAUGCCAUUCUAUACAUGCCAAUCUAUACAUAUAUUCUUGAUGUUUCGUUCAUGCCAUUGCUUUACUUUCGACGUUUGACAACUCUAUGUUGAGCAACGACUAACCUCGUGUUAUGAUUCCUUAAAGUUGCAUAAAACUGACAAUGGGUAAAAAAGGGAAAAUAGGAGGCAGUAAUUUAGGAAAAACCUUGAUCAAGGAUCGUUUCAACUCGUCAAGAAAUAAGAGAAAUGUUAAUUCGUCCAUGCUUCAUACUGCCGAGUUAAACGAUGGUUACGACUGGGGACGUCUUAAUCUUCAAUCUGUUACGGAAGAAAGUUCCUUUCAAGAAUUCCUCUCCACUGCGGAGUUAGCAGGGACCGAGUUUCAUGCAGAGAAAUUAAACAUCCAGUUCGUUAAUCCAAAGAGCGGCAUCGGGUUACUCUCGAAGGACGAGAAAGCAAAAGUAUUGGAGUCGCAGCGGAAGAACAAAGCUCUCCUGAAAAUACCAAGGAGACCAAAAUGGGACAAUUCGACUACAGCCCACGAAUUGCAAAACAAAGAGAGAGAAGAAUUCUUAGAGUGGAGACGUUCUCUUGCUACGUUGCAAGAGGUAGAAGGAUUGAUGUUGACACCUUAUGAAAAGAAUUUAGAAUUUUGGAGGCAGUUAUGGAGAGUAGUAGAACGCAGUGACGUUAUUGUACAGAUAGUUGAUGCGAGAAAUCCGUUGCUCUUUUACUGUGAGGAUUUGGAGGUGUAUGUUAAAGAAGUAGAUCCCAGAAAGAUGAAUGUCAUACUGAUAAAUAAAGCAGACUUUUUAACGGAGGAACAACGACAAGCAUGGACAAAAUAUUUUACAGACAUCAAUUUGACGGUUGCAUUCUUCUCUGCAACAUUGGCAGCUGAGAAUGAAAAGAUGAAAGAUAUAAUAGAGGAAGAAGAUUCUGAAGACAAACAGGAUAGUGAAAUAGAGGAUGAUAGUGAUGUAUCUUCAUACACUUCAGAUUUUGCUUCAGAAAGUGAAUAUGAAAGUGCAGAUGAUGGUAGUAAUAAUAUAAUUGAAAAUGUAGGGGAAAUAAGCUCUAAGAGAUCUAGUGAAUAUAAUUUCAAUGAAUUAGAAAAUUCAGUAGAGAAAUUAGAUGAGAAAAGUACAGAAAACAAUAAUAAGAUAAGGAAUUCAUCAAAAUUGUUAAGCAGAGAUGAGUUAGUAUCAUUUUUUAAAACAAUUUACAAGAGUGAAACGUAUGUGAAAGGAAUCACAACAAUUGGUUUAGUAGGCUAUCCAAAUGUAGGUAAAAGUUCCACAAUAAAUGCCUUAUUGUUGGAUAAAAAAGUAUCGGUGUCUGCUACACCAGGUAAAACAAAACAUUUUCAAACACUGUUCUUGGGGAAGGAUUUACUUCUGUGUGAUUGCCCUGGAUUAGUAAUGCCUAGUUUCGUUUGUACAAAAUCAGAAAUGAUAUUAAAUGGUGUACUGCCAAUUGACCAAAUGAGGGAUCAUGUACCUCCAAUCACAUUAUUAGGUACUUUAAUACCAAGACAUGUUAUAGAAGAUCUUUAUGGAAUCAUGAUACCUCCACCGCUAGAAGGAGAAGAUUCUAAUCGUCCACCAACGGCAGAGGAAAUUUUAAAUGCCUAUGGAUAUAACAGAGGUUUCAUGACACAAAAUGGACAACCAGACAAUCCACGCUCAGCGCGAUAUCUUUUAAAAGAUUUUGUAAAUGGUAGAUUGUUGUACUGUGUUGCACCACCAACAAUAGAACAGGAAAAUUUUCAUACGUUCCCUCCGCGAAGAAGAAUAAUUUCUGUGAAUAAGCAUUUGCCGCCUAGAACAGUGCGUGUGAAUAAGGGAAAUAAAAUUACAUCUGAAGAUUUAGAUAAAGUAUUUUUUCAAAAUAAUACUUCAAAUAUACAUGUAAAAGGAGUAAUUGGAAAAAUGCAUGGCUCGUACCGAGCUGAUUCAAACAAUAUUGAAUCAGUAACUGGUACCACACAAAAUUUGUUGCUUGAAGAAAAACCGUGGAAAAAGAUCAAUAAACAUUCAAAUAAAAAGAAACGUGAAAAAACGAGAAGAUUGUACGCCCAUCUUGAUCAACAUUGAUUUUACGAAUAUUUAUUAAUGUAUUAUGAGAAUUGAAGGCCUUUUCGCUAUAUAACAGCGAAUCGUAAUAUUUCGUAAUAUACAAGCCUCUGAAUUUAUAAACGCAUCAGAGACUCAUAUAAAUUCUAUGUACCACAAAUAUUCUAACAAUGAAAUACAUACGCAUAUAAGAAUAGUUUGCUGUUGUACUUAUAUGUGUAUAUAUUAUAAAAUUAAAAUAUUUCAUAAUU